UCCCCCACCUCUCUCUCUCUCUCUCUAAAUCGGCAUUGUUUUUAUCUCGCAAUAUUUUGAGUUCUAAAUCCGAUCAAAUUAGGGUUUUUCCAUUGAUCCACCGAGUCAACUCAGUUGUGGCAGCCAUGUUUUCCGAUUCAAUCGCCAAUGGUUUGGUCCCCAUUGCUUCUGCUAGCCCCAACGAUUUUUCCAAGAAAAAGAGGAGUAAUCGUUUGGCAAAAUUGAAGCAGAGCAAGCUUGAUGCUCGUCGCGAGCAGUGGCUUUCUCAAGUGAAGAACAAAGGUCCUAAAGAGGAGCUGAAUGGUGGUGGGGAGACUCAUGGUAGUAGGGUGGAAGUUGUGAAUGAGAGGGGCCAAUCAAUCGGGAAGUUAGAGUUAAAGACUAGGGUGGAGGAAUAUAAUGAUGGAUUGGUGCACAAUUGCAGCGACUUGGAUUCACCUGCUAACAGCCCCACUAGCUAUACCAGUAGCAUCAUGGGAGGAAAUGAUUCCGGGACUAACUUCACUGGAAGCAGCAGCCGGAGUAGCAGCAGCAGCAGUGGUGGAGGAGGGUGUUGUUCAGGGAGCAUGAGUGGUGAUGAGGAAGGGGAUGAUGGGUGCUUGGAUGAUUGGGAGGCUGUUGCUGAUGCUUUGGCUGCCACAGAUGAGAAGCAGGAGCAGCAUGACCGUAGUCUGGAUUCAACAGCACAGGAAAAUUAUAAUGUUGUGCAAUCAAUAUCUCAGACUGAGUUCUCGGGCCUGCUAGUUUCGAAUGUUGAAAAGAGUGGUGGAUUGACACCCAAACAUCAUGUGAAUUACCAAGCAUGGAGGGCUGAUGAUGCAUUUCGCCCUCAGAAUCUUCCCAGUUUGCCCAAACAGUAUAGCUUCCCAUUGAAUUCAGAUCGGCAUAUUUCUGGAGGGGCAGUAUGGCUUCAAAAGAAUUUAUCGGUACCCUCUUCUUGUCCAAUAUGCUAUGAAGAUUUGGAUUUGACAGAUACAAGUUUUAUCCCUUGUUCAUGCGGGUUUAAAGUCUGCCUCUUCUGUCACAAGAGGAUUCUUGAAGAGGAUGGGCGCUGUCCUGGUUGCAGGAAACAGUAUGACCGUAACCCUAUCGAGGGGGAGGCAGUUGUGGAUGGAGGCAGCCUGAAACCUCAAUUGGCUCGUUCUUUUAGCAUGAUAUAAAAGUCCUAAAGAAAAGUCUUCUCCAUGAAUAUGUAUGUUGGAUAUCUUUUUCUCUGUAGCUGAGUCUGUUCUUAUUUGUUUUAGACUCAUUAGAGUUUGACACUUUCAUACUAGUAUUAGAUGUUGAUAUAGGAACAAGAUUCUGAAAGCUUAGAGGGAAUUAUUCUUGUUGGUUCAUAUUUGGGGUGCCUGUGCAGAUAUAGUAAACUCAGCUAAGGAGGUAUAGAAAUUGAGUACAUUGAAUUUGAUUACAAUUUACAAGGAAAUCGCCCUUGUUUCCCUUGGCACCUUGUUACCUGACUAGCAAAUUUUGAAUCAAUAAUUAAGGUGCUUGAUUGUUUUGUAUUUUA